AUGUCCUCACAAACUUCGCGAUUAGUAGUGCUUGCCAUCGGUGUGCUACUGUUCAUGGCAUUAGAUGUAAAGGGACUAAAGCUGGCUUUUAUUUCUUCAGGAACGCCGUCUGACUUACUGCAGAUCGCGUCUAUUGUAAGAGCAGCCUACCAGAGAAAUCACUCAGCGACGGUUCUCGUGGACGCACGGGAGCUCGGUGGCUGCAAAGACGUUUUUGGAAACGCUGUUUGCACUCCUGUCAUAUGCUCUCAGGAAGGGUGUCAGUACAAAUCAGCAGACCAGUCUAGAGUGUUGCUCGCCGCCUUGCGCAAGCGGAGCUUUCCCCCUGAUGUUAUCGUAGCAGCUGUCUUUCUCUACGAGGCAGACCGGAUCAGUGAACAUCUGGGUGUCCCUCUUGUAAUUGUGUCAUCUAGCUCGAGUAACGUGCCAAGUAUUCGCAGUACGUCGUUUCAUCCUCUGCCUUUUGACAUGUGGAGAAGGUUCCCAUUACUGAACACUGUCAUAAGCGCAAUACGCGGCUUUUCCGCCUCUGUGUGGGAUCUCACGAGCUCUGGUGCACCCCAAGAUGCUCAGAUGGCACGUCAUAUUAUUACUCAAGGAAUUCCAGGCAUCGAUAUUGUCGAUCCCAUAUGCCCUAAUGUGCAUCCAAUCGGAUUUUUCAGAGGCGACAAUGAGGUCCUGGCAAAGAGCUCUUUCGCAGGAAUAGAUGCGUAUAUUGAGAGCUGUAGGGGUCGUUUCAUCUAUGCAAGCUUUCUGGUGGAAAGUAGCGUGCACGGGCAACAGGUUUACAGCGCUCUUCAAGCAGUUGCUAACGAAACGAACUCUUGUAUUCUUUGGUAUACGACAUCAGGUGAGCUGUCUUUGUUGAGAUUUCGAAGAUCCUCUGAAGGUCAGCGUGUGAAAGUUACUGAUGACACUUUUGCAGCCCCCUUCUAUGUUUUGCACCGUCACAAUCCUAUUGUUGUACUCUCAAACAAUGUCAAGGAAAUUAUGUACGAUGCUAUACUUGCCGAAUCCCCAAUCGUCUACGUCGGAAGCAACCGCCUUUCUUGUUUUCAGCUGUGGAACGCUGGCAUCGCUGCAUGUGCAUCCACUCCACGCACUGCCGAUGUUGUAUCAGCUAUUCUCUCAGUUUACAAUAAAUCGUCCGUGCGUGAACGAGUGCGAGCAGCACGACGUAUGGGCUUUCUCAUGGGUGGUGCUCAAAAAGCUGUUGAGGUUACAGAGCUCGCGGCUGCCUUGGGAACCGGCAACAUGGACUUUGUGUGCGACCAAAACGUUCUUCUCUCGCCGUACGGCUACGACUCGGCCAUUGCACUAUCGAUAAGUUUUGUACUAGGCGUUUUAUUUUUUUUUACCCUUCGCUGCUGCAAGUUUCCUUUGAAGUGGUAA